UUGCAGUUACUCUAGAAGGGGAGAAAAAAGAUGUGUCAGGUCCAAUGCCUGACAGUUAUAGUGUGCCAUAUGUAGAAGCAGCUUGGUAUGCUUGGUGGGAAAAGAUGGGAUUUUUUAAGCCUGAAUAUAAGAGAAACUUAAAAGAACAAAAUCAUAAGGGGAAAUUUGUCAUUGUUAUUCCACCACCUAAUGUAACAGGAAAUUUACAUUUAGGACAUGCUCUUACUUCAGCUAUUGAAGAUGCUGUAACUCGUUGGAAUAGAAUGAAAGGAAAAACAACUUUAUGGAAUCCAGGAUGUGAUCAUGCUGGUAUAGCAACUCAAGUAGUUGUGGAGAAAAAAGUUUGGCGCGAACAAAAGAAAACUCGCCAUGAUUUAGGAAGGGAAAAGUUUAUUGAAGAAAUCUGGAAAUGGAAAAAGGAAAAAGGUGACAAUAUUUACAAACAAUUGAAACUGAUGGGCUGUUCUGUAGAUUGGGACAGAGCCACAUUUACUAUGGAUCCUAAAAUGUGUAAAGCUGUAACAGAAGCAUUUGUACGCUUACAUGAAAUAGGAUUAAUUUAUCGAAGUAAUAGACUUGUUAAUUGGUCUUGUGCAUUACGUUCUGCUAUAUCUGAUAUUGAGGUAGAUAAAUUGGAAUUGUCUGGUAGAACAUUAUUAAGUGUGCCAGGAAUGAAAGAAAAAGUAGAAUUUGGUGUACUUAUAUCAUUUGCUUAUAAAAUUGAAAAUUCAUCAGAAGAAAUAGUAGUAGCUACUACUAGAAUUGAAACAAUGUUAGGUGAUACUGCUGUUGCUGUACAUCCUGAUGAUCAAAGGUAUAAACAUCUCCAUGGAAAAUUUGUUAUUCAUCCAUUCUGUAAUCGACGAAUGCCAAUUGUCUGUGAUAAAUUUGUUGAUCCAAAUUUUGGCACAGGUGCUGUAAAGAUUACCCCAGCUCAUGACCAUAAUGAUUAUGAAGUAGGAAAAAGACAUAAUUUACCUUUUAUUAAUAUACUUGAUGAUGGAGGAAUUAUCACAAACAACUGUGGACAAUUUACAGGGUUAAAGCGUUUUGAAGCAAGAAAAGCUGUGUUAAAAGCACUUGAAGAUAUUGGAUUAUAUAGAGAUUGCAAAGAUAAUCCUAUGGUAGUACCCAUUUGCAAUCGUUCAAAAGAUAUUGUAGAACCACUUUUGAAAGUUCAAUGGUUUUUAAAUUGUAAUGAUAUGGCACAAAAGGCUGCUCAAGCUGUCCGAAAUGGAUCUUUGAAAAUUAUCCCUGAAAUGCAUGAGAAAACAUGGUAUCAUUGGCUAGAAAACAUUAGGGAUUGGUGUAUUUCUCGACAGUUAUGGUGGGGUCAUCGAAUUCCAGCAUACUUUGUAACAGUAGAUGAUCCCUUUAUAUCUCAAGGAACUAAAAUGUGUAAAGCUGUAACAGAAGCAUUUGUACGCUUACAUGAAAUAGGAUUAAUUUAUCGAAGUAAUAGACUUGUUAAUUGGUCUUGUGCAUUACGUUCUGCUAUAUCUGAUAUUGAGGCUGUCCGAAAUGGAUCUUUGAAAAUUAUCCCUGAAAUGCAUGAGAAAACAUGGUAUCAUUGGCUAGAAAACAUUAGGGAUUGGUGUAUUUCUCGACAGUUAUGGUGGGGUCAUCGAAUUCCAGCAUACUUUGUAACAGUAGAUGAUCCCUUUAUAUCUCAAGGAACUGAACAAGAUAAUGAAUAUUGGAUCAGUGGAAGAACAGAAGAGGAAGCUUUAGAAAAAGCAGCAAAAAAGUUUAAAGUUUCUAAAAAUAAAAUUAAGUUAAAACAAGAUGAUGAUGUAUUGGAUACAUGGUUUUCUUCUGGACUCUUUCCAUUUUCAAUUUUUGGAUGGCCAGAUGAAGUAGAUAAAUUGGAAUUGUCUGGUAGAACAUUAUUAAGUGUGCCAGGAAUGAAAGAAAAAGUAGAAUUUGGUGUACUUAUAUCAUUUGCUUAUAAAAUUGAAAAUUCAUCAGAAGAAAUAGUAGUAGCUACUACUAGAAUUGAAACAAUGUUAGGUGAUACUGCUGUUGCUGUACAUCCUGAUGAUCAAAGGUAUAAACAUCUCCAUGGAAAAUUUGUUAUUCAUCCAUUCUGUAAUCGACGAAUGCCAAUUGUCUGUGAUAAAUUUGUUGAUCCAAAUUUUGGCACAGGUGCUGUAAAGAUUACCCCAGCUCAUGACCAUAAUGAUUAUGAAGUAGGAAAAAGACAUAAUUUACCUUUUAUUAAUAUACUUGAUGAUGGAGGAAUUAUCACAAACAACUGUGGACAAUUUACAGGGUUAAAGCGUUUUGAAGCAAGAAAAGCUGUGUUAAAAGCACUUGAAGAUAUUGGAUUAUAUAGAGAUUGCAAAGAUAAUCCUAUGGUAGUACCCAUUUGCAAUCGUUCAAAAGAUAUUGUAGAACCACUUUUGAAAGUUCAAUGGUUUUUAAAUUGUAAUGAUAUGGCACAAAAGGCUGCUCAAGUUUUUCUCCAUUCCAUCAUAAGGGAUGCACAUGGUCGGAAAAUGAGUAAAUCUUUAGGAAAUGUUAUUGAUCCUACUGAUGUUAUAUAUGGUAUUCCUCUAGAGGGUCUUCAUAAGAAGUUAUUGGAUUCUAAUCUUGACCCAAAUGAAAUUGAGAAAGCAAAAAAGGGUCAGAAGGCUGAUUUUCCAAAUGGCAUUCCAGAAUGUGGUACUGAUGCACUUAGAUUUGCUUUAUGUGCUUAUAUGCUACAAGGACGAGAUAUUAACCUUGAUAUUAAUAGAGUUGUUGGAUAUCGUAAAUUUUGUAACAAACUAUGGAAUGCAACUAAGUUUGCUUUGACAUCAUUAGGUGAUAAUUUCAAACCUUUACAGCAUCUUCAGUUAACUGGUGAUGAACAACCAAUUGACAAAUGGAUUUUAAGUCGUCUUAGUGCAGCUGUAGAGAUGUGUAAUAGAGCUUUCGAAGAAUAUGACUUUCCCUUAGCAACAACUGCUUCUUAUAAUUUUUGGUUAUAUGAAUUAUGUGAUGUUUAUCUGGAAUGUCUUAAAAGUAUUUUUCAAAGUAAUAAUGAAACAGCAAUUUAUACAUCUAAACAAGUAUUAUAUACUUGUGUGGAGACUGGAUUGAAACUUUUAAGUCCAUUCAUGCCCUAUGUUACAGAAGAAUUAUUUCAGAGAAUGCCAAGAAGAACAAUGGAUGCACCUCCAAGUAUAUGUGUUACUUCUUAUCCUGAAGUUGAUGAAUAUUUAAGAUCUGAAGAUAAUGAAUUAAAAUCAGUAUUAGAAACAUUUGAAAAUUUGAUAAAAGUGCUGACAUACUCUUCAAAAAUAGAAAUAAUUAAUGAAGAUGUAAAAAUUCCAGAAGGUUGUGUACCAAUUCUAAUAUCUAACAAAUGUGAAGCCAAUCUUUUAUUAAAAGGUACAGUUGAUUUUGCUAAAGAAAUAGAAAGACUGGAACAGAAAAAAGAGAAACUUCAGUCUCAGCUUGUAAAAUCAAAAACUUUGUAUAGUUCUUCUGAUUAUGAAAGUAAAGUUCCAGAAGAAAUAAAAGCGGCAAAUAUAGAAAAGAUUGCUGAAAUGGAAGAAGAAAUAAAGAAAAUCACAAAUGCUAUAAAUACAUUACAAAUUAUGAAUUAA